UUUAUUUUGACAGCGGAACCGGAACUUGGGUUCCGGAAGUCUACAGCUUGAGUGUUUUGGGGGUUGAUUCGAAUCGAGGAGCGAUUUUAACCAGCGGCUCCUUUAAUAUCAGAUCAACGAGUUAGCAAAACGAAUGCUGUCUUGGUUUAAGUUUUCUCCUACUCCUAGUGUCAACUUUCCUUCCUGGCUAAAGUUUAUCUUUGCAAACAACCAAUCAGCAGAUUUCACAAAUAUCAGUGUUAAGCCUAGUUUAAGGUACAAGGCGUCCAGAAGAAUUUCCAGUUUCUGCAAAAUCUGUUUGCUCGCAGAUAAAUUAAGCCAAAUCAAGGCAUGGAGAAAACUCAUCACUGUUCAGACUGUGGGAGUCGUUUUUAUCAACUGUGUCUUCUUAAAAAACACCAGCGCAUUCACACUGGAGAAAAACCGCAUCACUGCUCAGACUGUGGGAAGAAUUUUAUUUAUCUGAGUGAUCUUAAAAAACACCAGCGCAUUCACACUGGAGAAAAACCGUAUUGCUGCUCAGACUGUGGGAAGAGUUUCAGCAACCAGAGUAAUCUGAAUUCACACCAGCGCAUUCACACAGACGAGAAACCGUAUCACUGCACAGACUGUGGAAAGAGUUUUAAGCGUCAGAGUGAUGUGAAACAACACCAGUUCAUUCACAAUGUAGUGAAACCGUAUUACUGCUCAGACUGUGGAAAGAGUUUUAACAGCCUGAGUAAUCUCAAAAAACAUCAGCGACUUCAUACAGGAGAGAAUCUGUAUUGCUGCUCAGACUGUGGGAAGAGUUUUACUAGUCAGAGUGAUGUGAAACGACACCAGCUCAUUCACACAGGAGAGAAACCGUUUCAGUGCUCAGCUUGUGGAAAGAAUUUUAACAACCUGGGAAAUCUCAAAAAACACCAGCGACUUCAUACAGGAGAGAAACCAUAUCACUGCUCGGAGUGUGGGAGGAGUUUUAAACAACUGAGAUCUCUCAAAAAACACCAGCUCUUUCACACAGGAGAGAAACCGCAUCAAUGCUGAGACUGUGAAAAGAGCUUUAGGCAUUUGUAUACAUUUCAGAAACACAAGUGCUGUUGUACAUGAUAAGCUCUCCAUUGACUUUCCUUCAUUGCAAGAUAUCUUUGAAGCAAUAAUAAAGUUUUCUUCCAGACGUUUUUUGA